AUGGCCCGCAAGAAGAAGAAGAAGUCGAGGGACGGCAGCCAAGGCCGUCUCGUCCUCACCUUCGACGAGGAGAAUCGGCAGGACUUCCUAACUGGCUUCCACAAGCGCAAGGUGGAGCGGAGGAAGGUGGCUCUGGAGGAAAUCCAGAAGAAGCUGAAAGAGGAACAGAGGAAGCUCCGGGAGGAGCGCCACAAGAGGUAUCUGAAGAUCCUCAGAGAACGACGAGCAGCUUUGGAAGAGGUCAACGAGCUGGACCAGCUGGUGACCUCCAAGACUGAGUGUGUGCAGUACGACCACCCCAACCAUACAGUGACGGUGACCAGCGUCAGCAACUUAGACCUCUCCGAGGCCCGGCGCCUGGGGCUGUCCCAACCUGGGGGAGGCCGUAACCCAGAAGCAGAGGAAAUGGAGACCUCUGUAGAACAACCCAGCUGUGCUUUGCCCAAGAAGUCUCGGUACCCCUUCCUGUCUCAGAGGAUCUCCUCACUCACGGCCUCGCUCCAUGCACGGAGCCAGAAGCAGACCAGAAAAAAACACCCCAAGCCACACCGUGGCCGAGACCCUGCCAAGAAGCCGCUACGUGCUACAAGAACCAGCAAGACUCAUCGUCGCAGGAUGACCGGCAAGGCCAGGGGCAAAAGAAACAGGAGCCCAAGGUAGCUCCAAUCCUUCCUUGAGGCCAGGUAGUGGGACCUGGACCUGGAAUCCUCAGGACAGUGCCAUGGAGCCACAAGGAGGCCGGGGUUUAACUGCCUGGACUGGGUGUAGAAGCCUUUUUUUUUACCAACCCCGCACGUGCCUGUGACAUCCAAUAAAUCCAAGGAAUGGGACCCACAGGAAGGCAGCCUCAGAGGCCCCUCAUCCGCUCCUGGUUCUCCUUUGGGUGAGGCUGUGGCCCCUAGAGUGUGGCCUGGCAGCCCCAUCUAGGCAGGGCUGGGGGUGAGGGGAACCCCUAGACUGGGAUCCAUCUACCUGCUGAAUUCCUGGGGGGCAGGUACCCACUCUUCUGUCCUCUCUGAUUGGACAGUCUCUACCAAGGCCCCCCAGCAUUUAUGAAUCCCUUCCUGUUGGGUGAGCUCAAGAAGAGCUCAGCCAUCCCAGAGGAAUUGCCCCCCCAACCCCAAUAGGGAACCUCGGACUCCUUCCCAGGGAUUGGUGGGAGACCCUAAAGAUGCUGGUCCUUGGGGGGGGGGGGGCCAGGAGGCCUGUGUAUUCAGACUAGGAUCAUCUGUCUAAGGUGGGGAUAUUAAGCACCUACUGUGCGCCAAGCACUACAGAGAAUUCAACCUUAGCAGAAAGAAGCUUACACUAAGCUUGUGGGUGCCAAGGAGAAUUCCCAGAGGAAUGGGCCUCUUCGGGCGCAGUUGGGGCUCAGCGGCCCCCGAACUCCCAGGCCAUAAUCCCAUGUUUUGGGCCCUCCUGCCCCCGUCUCUGGCUGGGUAAAGUGGAAGGAUUGGUGGGGCACUCAGAAGGGGCCUCUGGGCCUGUGCUGGCAGUGGCUCACACCCCGGUGGCGGGUAGGAAGAGGACCCUGGAGGCCACAGGUUGGGGGGCUGGGGGGGAGGGGGGAUCAGCUCAACUCCAGGAGAAUUUUCAGCACCUACUCCCCUGGUCAGCCCUGUUAGGUCUGGGCACACAGACCAAAAAUGGGACUCUGCCUUCUUAGUACUUAAGGCAGGAAAAUGCAACAUAAAGCCCAAAGUGGGGAUGGGGUAGGAAGGAAGAGCUGACCAUCGGAAGAUCAGGGGAGUCUGCCUGGCAGAGAUGGCACCUGAGCCAAGCUCAGAGGAGGCCCUGGGGACCAGGAGAGGACACCAUGCUGUGGCACAGAUAAAGGCUUUUCUACCCACAGACAUUUUUUUUUAAUGGAGAACUGCUUUUCAGUGUUACGGCUUUGUACAAUGGGGGGUGGGCAGUGGGGGGGAGGUCAAGUUUUUCCAUUAAAUAUUUCCUAAUUAACAUUUAAGUGUUUUGAACAUUUCAUUUUUUAAAUCUUACAAUUGAAAUCCCCACUCUUGGCCCUUCUCCCCUGGGAGGGUGUUUUGGGCACCAGUGCCCUUAUCACUUUGGGAAAGUUGGGUUACCCAGGCUUUCCUAACUCAAGGCCCAGAAUUCUACACCCCUCUACUGGGGUGGGGGGCUGCCGUGGGCCAAGGCAGUAGGAAGGCCAGGCCGCUUCAGCCCGAGAUGGGAUUGGACAUUGAGGGUGCCUGAGGUGGGGGCUGCAGGCCCGCAACCACUCAAGUCUGAUUCACACGCAAGCCCUGCGGGACUGCCUCCUGGGACCCUGACUUCAGAUCCCUCUGCCACAGCGGCUCCGGCCCAGUUUAACCCAAAGUGCCAGGUCAGGCCAAGCACGGACAGGCUGGGAGGACCCGGGAAGGAAUGUGCCUCGGGCUCCCGGGGCAGCUCCCCAGGAGCCAGGGCAUGUCGGGAGCUAGGGGCCGGAUUUGAGAAAACGCCCAGCCCCCACCCGUGGAGGAAAGAGCCUUGUUUGGGGUUCAGUAUCUGGGACUGGGAGAGGGAACAGUCAAGGAUCCCUCCCCCAGCCAAAGCCAAGCCUAUUCGAGCGGCCCCUGCGGGGCAGAGGCCACCGGCUCCUGGGGUCGAAUUUUUUAUUCUUUUGGAUAAUUUUCUCACUUUUUAGGAUUCCGCUCCCCUCCUCCCCCCCCCCCGGCCCCGCCUUUCACACAACACCUAUUUCCCUGUUGCAUGUUGCCAUAGAAGAGAACCUCACCAAGGAAAUACAGUAGGAGCUUUGAUUUGCACUCAGACCCCAACAGCUCCUUUGGUGGUGGGCUGCAUUUCAUGUGUCCCUUGAGGUUGUGGGGCAGAUUUGAACCCAGAACUUCGUGAUUGGGAGGCUGGUCCCCCACCAUCCCCUUUCCCCUCCCCGGGCUCUAAGGAAGUCGUUGCCACGAUUGAUUUUAUCCUGCCACGACCCUUGGGCUUAUGGGCUGGCAGGACAAGACGCCCACGUAGGUUCCAGUAUCUGCGUAGGGACCCAGGCCGGGUCCAUGCAAGACCCGGGACGUGCCCAGGGUCGCUCUACAAAUACUGGCGCUGCACCAUCCCUGGGGUGGUCACGGGACGCGCGGGAUCGGAGGGCGGGCGCUGUGCAGUGCCCAAGACCGGAGAGGGGCCGCUCAGGGAUCGCAGUCUCUAAGCAGAGCUUCGGGGGGCCCGGACACCGCCCUCCCCUCCCGCCCCGCCAUCUAGUCCAGCCUCGUCUUUUGUCUGCUGAGGAGGUGAAGGGACUUGUGCUGGGAAUCCUCAGAGGCGGCAAUUCGAAUUAAGGUCCUCGGAUUCCAGCGCCCGGCGGAGACCCGAUCCUUAAACUAGAUGGAGGGGAGGUAGGGCGUGUUCCGUGAGUCCCACGUGCUAGGAGUCCCCCAAGGCAGAUAAACUUGGGGAUGCGAGUCCAGAGAGAGGAGAGCCCACGCCGCCGAGGAAGGCCUUUCUAAUCACUCCUUCCGGUUUCCCCGGCCGGCCAGAAGGAGGAGGUCGAAGCGGGUGCCAGCCAUAGCAGCCACUAAAGGGAGGUGGGACCACCGUCCCGCUGGCCCAGAGGGGUUGGCAGGACCGCGGCCGCUCCGCAGGCACAGCCCUGUGUCCGCUGAGGGUCUCCGCAGGCCAGACCUGAGGCUUGGGGCUCGCGGUGGCUGCAGGUGGCUGAGGAAGGCAUUCACCCACUUAUCGUUCGCAAGUAAGGAGCGUGCGGACUAGUCAGGCCGGCCCCUCCGGCGGCCCUACCCAGCUUCCCCUGGGCUCCCGGAAGCGGACUCGAGUAAAAGUGAAUCGGUACGAGGCUAGUAGAUCACUCAUUUCCGAACGUAUCCUUCCGCUCCGCCACCCCGUGCAACAGAAAAUAAAAAUGGGGGCGGGGCAGGUUUGAGAGCUUUUCAACCCAGCUGAAAUCUAGCUGUAAUAACCGCAAUGAACCCCUCCUCCACGCUGGGAGCGGCGCUAAGUGCUUUACAAAUGUACAAUUUUCUUUCUAAUCCCGGGAAGCAAUCGCUGUUAUUCACCCCAUUUUACAGACCUGGAAACGAAGGCCAUUAGAGGUUGUGACCUACUCAGGCUGCCCCUAGGAGCUGCCCGAGACCGCAUUUGACCUGGGGGGCUUCCUGACUCCACUUCC